AUGUCGUUUCCAACUAGCCACAAAACAGUAUUUGUGAUGGAUCACACACUAACAGCGUCGUCUGGGGUGAAGUUAGAGAUGGACAGCUUCAGCAAAUCUCGCAGCAACAGUACUAGUGGCAGCAGUAGCACUCAGCCACUAUCACAACCUAUGAACCUCAUCCCACUGCUUCCUGUCACCAAGUCUCUUUGGACUUGUGCAGUCGAGGCCAUCACCGAAUACUGCAGGAUCGUUUGGGACAUCUUUCCAGGAACGAGGCUGAUCCGUUUUAUAGCGGUUGACAAGACAAACCACAAAGUCUCUUCAUGGUCUCUUGAGGACCAGAGCCUUAUUAACUUAAUGAACUCGUUCAUGAUGCUUGGACCAGCAAAGAGUAUAGGUGCUGGCAAACUUGAUCUUUUAAAAGGUCUUAAAGCUGCAAUAGAGGCCAUGACUGAACCAUCAGCAGUUCAGCAUGAGAAAAGAACUUCUCUUACAGAGAAUGCUACAAAAGUUCUUAAUAAAGGGAGAAUAAUAUUAGUAACUAAAAUUGACAGUGAGGAUGAAGUUAAAACAAUAAAAGAAAAAUUUCAUGAUGCUCUUUUACACAUGAACAAGACUGCUGCUGCAACAGAUAACUUAAUGGCCAUUAAUCAUUGUGACCUUGUCCUUUUAAACUUGUGGCCAGAAGGUCCAGGAUGUCCAAUACCACGUAAGUCUUGGCCAGAUGUUUCUACCAUAAUGUCAUGCGAACUCACUAAUAUCCAAGGAGGCACAGGUUUGGCACCAAAGCUUUGUAACCUUGUACUUAAACAUUAUGACCUUGCUUCUACUACUGUAACAGGUAUACCAAUGAAAGAAGAACAAAAUGCGAGUUCAUCAGCAAAUUAUGAUGUAGAACUAUUCCACCCUGCUUCCGCUCAUGCUGCUAUUCUCAAGGGAAUACCAGCAGAAACGGCCCACUUAAAGACAUAUCGUGAGGGUACAGAUUAUGAAACUGUGACAUUAAAAUGGUGUACCCCUCGCAGCAAUGCCAGUAUAGAACUCCAACAUUGUUCAUCUGCAUAUAGAAUCACAUCUGUUGAUGUGAAUAGCAGACCAUCAUCAUGCCUUACAAAUUUCUUGCUAAAUGGGCGUUGGGUUAUGCUUGAAAUGCCACGUAAGUCAGGAAGCAAGGUGAUAUCUCAUAUGUUGGCCUGUCACGGUGGAGAUAUUUAUAUCCACACAAUGUAUACUUCAAGAAGCAUACUGGAAGAUCCGCCAUCCAUCAGUGAAGGGUGUGGUGGCCGAGUUACUGACUAUAGAAUUCCCGAUUUUGGGGAACUUAUCAAAGCAAACAGAUUAGCUCCAUAUUCAGAGUCUGCAUUAGAGAGUGAGGAUAAUACCACACCACUGGAACGAAACCGAGAACAGUUAAGUAGGCAUACAAAGUAUUGGCCUAUUACACUGUCCUCUACUUCUCUCUUCACUUUAGGGCAACAGAUAGAGCCACUUACCACAUUAAUGUUGAAGGAGACUCUUACUGAAGAUGAAGUUGUUGAGUGCAAACAGGUAAUCCUUUGCCUGAUGAGCAUGGAGGCUCGAGGUGACCCAUUACCAUCUCCUAUGGCUGGCCAGCGUGGAAAAGGGAUGAAGAGAGAAGACCAAUACAGAGCUGUUUGGACUGAAUUGGAACAGUACCUACAGCUACACCUUCACUCUGAUGCUCAUGAAAAAGUACUUGAAUGUUUUAUGGAAUGUCAUAACAAGGUAGCAACCCCAGAAUAUAAAAGUGAUGAUAAAGUGGAUAUUGAUCAAGCACUGAAAGAACUUGAUGAAUACAACUACAUGACUGAAAGAGAGAAAGCUGACUUUAACCUAAGUACAAGUACUGGAACAAAACAUGUACCCACAGAUAUAACAGUUCCAGAUAGCAAACGCAGACGAUCAGCACCUCCACCUCUAGCCCCCAUGGGUCGCAGCAGUGGAGUCAGCCUCUUAACUUUAUGGGAAAACAAAGUCUCUUCAGAACAAUCUCGACGGUGUUUAGAAUUUCAAGGUAGACUUAAAGCUGAUGAUAAUGUUACUAAGUUGUAUGUGAAUCUUCAGAAAGACAAAGAUAAAGAUGAAGUACCAAGAAAAAAAUAA